CGCAAGACUUCGUCUUUCGGCGGGAUUUUCCAUUGUCGAGUGUUGUACUUUUUCUUUUCUUUUCUGACUUUCGUACGUUGCACCUUUUCGCUGCUUAGACGGGGAUCUUAAGCCUUGAACAUGGGAGCUGAGUGUGGUUUUCAAACGAAGCAACAGCUAAACGAGUGUAUUUUGCGUUGCCCGUGGUCGGAGUUUCCACUUCCUCUUGUUCACAGAGCAUGUAGGGACGGUGAUCUUCUCAGUUUGACCUACUUGACUGUUCAGGGAGACAAACUUGCAGUUUUUCGAUCCAUUAACGCCCAGGACCAGUUCUUAAUGUGGACACCUGCACAUUGGGCAGCCUACUUUGGAAAGAUUGAUUGUGUGAAGCGCCUGGUAGAGUGUGGCUUGAACAUCAAUGUACCUGAAGGGAGGUUUGAACAGUCUGCAACACAUCUUGCAGCUUUUGCAGGCCAUGUCAAUGUUCUCCAAUGGUUACUUGAGAAUGGUGCUUUUCCACAGAAAGUAGACAACCUUGGAGAAACGCCAGCACAUAAAGCAGCCCGAAGUGGUAACACCCAGUGUUUGAAGUUACUGCAGGCAUUUGGAACUCCUCUAAGCACAUUUAACAUGUACCGCCAAACCCCCUGUGACCUAGCUUCAUCUCUUGGAUAUGAACAAUGUGUUCAGUUCCUGAGAAGUCACAGCUGUGCCACAGUUUCUAGCCAGAGAAAAAGUAAAAGAUUGCUUGAUGAUGGAGGUUACACAGACCAAGUAAAGAGGCCAAGAAAUGGUUAGUUUAUUCUGGAACUGCUUUAACCCCAAUACUGAAAUAUCAUUGCAUCAAACGUCUUCUUGAGAAACUGUUUUUUUUUUCCCUUUGCAAUGGAAGGAAUUUGUUAGCUGUAAAUAUUUAGAAACCGAGCAAUUGGAGCAUAGUAUUGGUUUUAGGCACAAGGCUAUAAAGUGAUAAAGUCAUCCUCGGGGAACAUAUUCAGAUGGCAAAAGUCUUCAGUUGCUUUAACAUUUUCAAUUGGAUGCGUUUGAC